AUUCACGACCCCUGCGUGGUUCAAACGACCCCUUGCGACCAGAUUUCGGCCCAGGCGGCCUGCCUCUGUCCCGGGCUGACGGGGCCGGAGGAGAGGCCCGAGCCUCCGGAGCUCCGGGAGGUGAAGCAGGACGGAUCCGGGGAGGUGUUAGUCCGGUGGUGCGCUCCUCGCUCCACCGUCACGCAUUACGAGAUCACGCUGAAAGGCGAACACAAGCAGCUGGUUUUCGGAGAACAUUUAAGAAAGGGCGCCGUUCCCGGACUGAGAGUCGGGGAGACCGUGUGCGUGGCGGCCGGGAAUCAAGCGGGACUCAGUGAGAAGUCGUGCGCUCGGUAUGAGCCGCCGCAGCCCGACCGGGCCGCUCUGAGCGCAGGGAUCAUCGGCGGGAGCGUCGGACUCCUGCUGCUGCUCUCGGCGGGAGCCGUUGUGCUCUGGAGGCGAAAGACGUGUCGGAAAGGCAGGAUGGGAGAUGCGGAGGGCCUCGGAAAUCCUUCAUACACCAAUGACGGAGCGCUGUGAUGAGGAAACAAAUACAUGGAGUACGAAACAAGCUGCAAAGACACUGAGUUUUAGUGCACUAUUAAUCAAAAAACUGGAAUAAAUAUGUGUAUGUAUGUAUGUAAUUAUGUAUAUAUGACCACAAAAGCUUAUAGCGCUCUUAUAUUUGUAGCAAAUAGCCAAAAAUACAUUGUAUGAGGCAAAAUUAUACAUUUUUCUUUCAUGCCAUGAUUAGAAUAUUAAGUAAAGAUCAUGUUUCAUGAAGAUAUUUUGUAAAUUUACUACUAAUUUUAAAUAUAUUACAUUUUUUUAUUAGUAAUAUGCAAUUCUAAGAACUUCAAAUGCAAUUUUGUCAGGUUUUUUUUUUUGCACCCUCAGAUUACAUAUUUUCAAAUAGCCAAAUAUUGUAUAUCCUAUUCUA